UAGUUUAAUUUAAGAAGCCAAGGUUUAAUGAAAGCCAGAAUACCUACGGACGGCAACGUAUACUAGAAAUUUACAAGAGAAUUUACAGAUUGCAAAAGCUGAAUCUACAAUAAACUGCAUAGUAAUAAAUUUCAAGAAAUCUCAUAUCAGCAAGUGUAGUGUCUUAAGAUGGAAAUGCGGUUGUUGACUUUAAUUCUUGUAUGGUUUGUGUGCAGCGGCCAAGCAGCACCAAUUAUGGAAGCGAAUGCAAUGAUUGUAGCAGAAUCAGAAUCCACCGACAAUCCAGCAACCUCGUCGAAUAUAAAUUCCGACACAUCGUCCGAUUCGAACUUGCAAAUUGCUGACAAACAAGAUGUAAACCUACUAUCCGCAGGUAAUGCAGUUGACGAGGAGGCUGCCGCUGCAGCCGAGCGCAUGGCCACUGCCAUUGUGGCACCACUCACUCACAUCGCGCAUGUAACUUACGAUUCGGAGCCGGCGACGCACAAACCCAAUGCCGACAAGCCGCUCUUUCAUCGUGAACCUCACGAUGAGUUGAUUGCGCUGUAAAGUUUGGAAUGCUGAACUACAUAAUUAAAGCCGACAAAAAAUAAUAAAAUUUUAAACCAAAAUAUAAAA